UAGGACACAGUGUCGAUGAGACAAGGAGAUGAGGAUGAGGUGGUCGUUGCUGUUCGUCGUGUGCCUAGGCGUCGCGGCCCGGUUGGCCGGUUGCCAGGACACCAGCUGGCCCAACACGUUCGAGAGCUACCGCAGCGAGGAUCGGGCCGCUAACGGCAAAUACGAUCCUUAUUACGCGGUGGACAGGAAGUACGACGCGGAAGGAUACCAUCGGGGACGGGAGCUGGUCGCGCCCGGUGACCCGGAGUUUUACGAUCGGAUCGUUAACUACAGGAGCAACAGGGCCAUCGAUGCUGCUAGAUCAACGGACGACAACACGAAGGUGAACCAACAACCGGGCCAAUUAACAAACCUCCCGAAACCGAGCACGAAGCUGCCAACAAGACGGCGAUUUAAAAACGUGACGAUCGGGGACGGGAUUUGCAUGAGCAUCGACAUCAGGAACACCGCGAUGAAUUUCGGGAUUAUGAAGGGCUGUCGCGUGAUAGAGGGUUUCCUGCAGGUGGUGCUGAUCGAGAACAAUUCCGAGGCAGAUUUCCAGAACAUCCAGUUCCCGGAAUUGCGCGAGAUCACCGGGUACCUUCUGUUGUAUCGCGUGAACGGCCUGAAGAGUCUCGGCAACCUAUUCCCGAAUCUGGAGGUGAUACGAGGGAACAUUCUGCUCACUGACUACGCGUUCAUGGUGUACGAGGUGCAAAAUCUCCAAGAGAUAGGCCUGAGGAAGCUCACGGAGAUUUCGAGGGGCAGCGUUCGAAUCGAGAAGAACCCGUCGUUGUGCUACACCAACAACCUGAACUGGGACCUGAUCGUUUCCGCGGGAGAGAAUGUUAUCAAAGACAACAGGGAGGAGUCCUCUUGUCCCGGAUGUUCUCACUGCCCGCAAGGCUUCUGCUGGACCUCCCAGCACUGUCAGAGAAUGGAAAAGCUAAAAUGCCACGACCAGUGUCUCGGCGAGUGUCGCGGCCCAUCCGAGAGCGACUGUUACGUGUGCAAGCAUUAUCGUCACGACGGGAAAUGCGUGGAAAAGUGCCCCAGUCAUCUAUACGCCCAUCUCUCCAGACGAUGUAUCACCAAAGAAGAGUGCGGGAAGAUGAAUCGUCUGAGGAGGGUGUACAUGCUGGAGGAAGGACAGGCUUGGAGGCCGUUCAAUGGAUCGUGCAUGACUCAAUGUCCCGAGGGCUAUGAGGACGCUCUCGAUCAGAACAACACGACCACGUGUCGAGUCUGCGAGAGCCUCUGCCGAAAAGUGAACCAUGGAUCCCUGAUACGUCACAUCUCCGACGCCCAAAUAUACCGUGGCACCACGGUGGUGAGAGGCGCGCUGGAAUUUCAGAUACGGAACGGGAAUCCUAACAUAAUGAACGAGCUGACCGACGCGUUCGGCCAGAUCGAGGAGAUCACCGAGUACCUGAAGAUCACCCAUUCAUUCCCGAUCACGUCGUUGAGCUUCUUCAAGAAGCUGAAGAUGAUCAAAGGGGAGAAACUGGAUAUAAACAACGCGAGUCUCGCAGUGCUGGACAAUCCGAAUCUGUCGAAUCUGUUCCCACCGGAGCAACAGGUCCGUAUCGAGAACGGUCGAUUGUUCUUCCAUUAUAAUCCGAAGCUGUGCCUCUCGAAGAUCGUACAGUUCAGCAAAAUGGUGAACAUCACGAACUUCACCGACAUGGAAGUGCAACCGGAAUCGAACGGCGAGAAAGUCGCGUGCAAUAUCGUCAACAUAAACAUCACCGUCCGACAUCUCGGGCCAGAUUACGCGGAUCUGGUGUGGGACAGUUACAAACCGCCCGAGGGACAACAAUUGCUCAGCUAUCUGUUGAACUACAUCGAGACAGAGAACGAGAACAUCAGCUACGAGUCGAACGCAUGCGGCGGCAACAACACCUGGCAGAUACUCGACGUCGAUAUACCCAAAUGGAACAACACCGUGUCGAAACACAUCACCAAUCUGAAACCGUAUACCAAGUACGCGGUGUUCGUGAAAACCUUCAACGCGAGGAACACGAAAGUGAACCCUGUCGGUCAGUCCGAGAUCAUCUUCUUCAGGACAAAGAGCACCAUACCCUCACCACCGAUGAACGUGAUGUCGACUUCACUCAGUGACUCGGAGAUAUCGGUCAAAUGGGAAACGCCGAUGUAUCCGAACGGUCCAAUAGGGUACUACAUGAUCUCCAGCACCGUGAUCCCGGAAGAGGAAGAUUUGAUUUCCUAUCGGGAUUACUGCAACAACACAUUGGAGAACGAUUUCGAGACCGAGGACGUGAUCCCAGAAGUGACCAUCAAGACACCAGUCAUGAACGCUGUCUCUUGUUGCACGAAGGACAGGCAACACGUCGACGUCAUCACGUCGAAAAAGUUCGAGAUAUUCUGUCACGAGAACACGACCAUCAGUUACAUAUCGCCCGGCUGGAAGGAUUAUUGCGUGUACAAUAGUUACAAUACCAUCGACAACAAGUUCUACGAAAUGACGAACAAUCUGUCCUCGUUUCAGCCCGAGAAAGAAUCUCCGAAAAACGAUCGUACGAACGCGGUGGUGGGGUACACGAACGAAGCAGCGAUGACGUACAACAUCAGUGGCUCGAACAAUUCGUUUGUGAUAAAACAUCUUCGACACUUUUCACGAUACACCGUGUCCAUCGCUGCGUGCGGAAUCAAGAUGAACAACGCGCACAUGUGUUCGUCCAUUCGAUACACGAACACCAGGACAAAGAGACAGGAGCACGCGGACGACGUGCGGAACGUGAAAGUUCGCGUCACGAACAACACCAUAGUGGAAGUGUUCUGGGACCUGGUCAAGGAUCCUAACGCUCUGACAGUUUCGUACAGCAUCGAGUACACGAACAUGGACGUGAAAGACGCGAAGAAGAGCACUGAGUGUAUCCCGCAGACGGGACGUCGCGAGAAGUACAACAGUUUCUUCAUCAGAAACCUGAGCCCCGGCAAGUACAGUCUACGGAUGAGGUCCACAUCGUUGGCUGGCGACGGUCUUUUCUCCGACGUUGUUUAUUUCUCCAUAAACGUGUCGAGCAACGGCCCGAUCACGUUGAUCUCGUUGUUGACCCUGGGCGUUAUGUCCACGAUCCUGAUCGUGAUGUUCUUCUUCCUGAGGAGCCAGCAGAAGAGAAAGAAGCAGGAACGACUGAUAGCAAGCGUGAAUCCCGAUUACAUCGAGACCAAAUACGUGAUCGACGAGUGGGAGGUGCCCAAGGAGAACGUCGAGAUCGUGGAGAAGCUGGGCUUGGGUAACUUCGGUAUGGUGUACCGUGGUGUGUACGACAAAACCACGCCCGUCGCGAUCAAGACUAUCUCGAAGACGGCCAGCCAGCGGGAGAAGAACGAAUUCCUGAACGAGGCGUCGGUGAUGAAGAACUUCUCCACGUAUCACAUCAUCAAGCUUCUGGGCGUGGUGUCCGUUGAGAAUCCUCCCUUCGUGAUCAUGGAAUUGAUGGAGAACGGCGAUCUGAAGACUUAUCUCCGUCGGAUUCGUGACCGAGAGGACUUGCUGCCGGACUCAUGCGGGAUCAUGAGAAUGGCCGCCGAGAUAGCCGACGGUAUGGCUUACUUGGAGUCCAAGAAGUACGUUCAUCGUGAUCUCGCCGCGAGGAAUUGCAUGGUCUCGAAGGAUGUGGUCUGUAAGAUCGGCGACUUCGGGAUGGCGAGGGACAUCUACGAGACCGAUUACUACAAAAUCGGCCGAAAAGGAUUGCUUCCGAUCAGAUGGAUGGCGCCCGAGAAUCUUUCCGACGGCGUGUUUACGUCCGACUCGGACGUAUGGUCGUUCGGUGUGGUUCUAUACGAGAUCCUGACUCUGGCGGAGUUACCGUACCAGGGUUUCUCGAACGAGGAGGUGCUCAGCCACGUGUUGCACAAAGGGACGCUGAACGUGCCGCGUAGCUGUCCCGAGAACAUUCACAAGAUCAUGGAGAAGUGUUUCAAGUGGCGACCCAGCGAUCGUCCCACGUUCAUGGAAAUCGUGGGCGAGCUCGAGCCCUGUCUCGGGCAGGAUUUCUGCGAAAAAUCGUUCUACCAUUCCGCGGACGGCCUGGAGAGUCGGAAAUCCGACCUGAAGAAGCCUUAUCAUCCAGCUGCGCCGAUCAGGUUCCAUUGGGGCAACGAGACUGCCCGAUGGGUCAAAGAAUUCGAGGACAACGUGACCCUGCUGGACCAGACCAAGGCCGGUACCAGCAGAGGGCGCAUCUUCAAGAACGGUUUCCAACAUUUCGGUAAUGUAACCAACUUGGAGAACAUACCUCUCGAUCGAUGA